AUGCUUGCACGCAGCUCUGAGUUCCAAGAUUUCAAGGCACUUUACGCUGGCCUCGGUGACAAACAAAAGGUUUGUUUGUUGUGUUUUUCUGCUUUCCCGGAAAAAGAGAUCAUAAAGAAGACGUUCAUGUUCUAUUGGUGGACUGGAGAGGGUUUUGUGGCUCCAGUUAAGGGUACUGAAAAAACAGCAGAGGAAUUGGCAAACGACGUAUUUAGUGAGCUUAUGGCAAAGGGCUUCAUUGAGCCCAUUUCUGAAAAGCGCACUUCGGAUUGGGGGAAACAUACUGGUAAUUUCUCCUCUUCUUACCGUGUAUGCUUAUUAGCGGGAGAAAAGCUGAAGGGAGAGGGUAUGGAUAAUGUUCACAUGUUGUUCAACGUUGAUCAUAAAAUUCUUGAUUUUGAAAAGCCCGAGCUGUUUGCAAUGAUGAAGAAUAGCAACCUUCUUUGUUUGGGAAGGUGGCAGACCUCCCAAAGGCACCAUAUUGAAGUUGAGGACACCAAAUUCCUAAAAGGCUUGAAAAACAUGAAGCAUCUCAUGUUUCUAAGCCUCCAAAGAAUUUCACAAAUUAUGGAUCUUCCUACUUCUGUUUCAAACCUCAUGAAUAUCACGAUAUUGGAUAUCAGCGCCUGUCCCAAUCUUGAAAAAAUUCCUGGAGAGAUCGGCUUGCUUAAGAGUUUGACACACUUGGACAUGUCAGAGUGCUAUUUGCUAGUUAACAUGCCCAAGGAGAUUUCCACUCUCUUAGAACUUGAAGUUCUUAAGGGGUUUGUUGUUGAGAAUUUGGAGGGGAAAGAAAAAGACUCUUGUACCCUUGAAGAUUUGGCAGACUUGCCAAAGUUGAGGAAAUUGAGCAUUUUCACUGGCCGGAAAGACUUCCCUUGA